AUGCCUUCUUCAGACGACCAUCAUAAAUUACAAACUAUUGGUAUUGUCACUGCAGUAGCUUCCUCUGUUAUUGUACCUCUUUUACUAAAGUAUCAUGACAGACCUUUGUUUUAUGAGCAUCCUGAGGGUAUCGCUUACAAUAGUGGAUAUCCAGUUGUUGGACAUUUAACUAGUUUAUUGAAGAACAUUUCUCGUAUUCAUGAUUAUCAAAUAGAUCAGUAUGAAAAGCUUGGUGUACUGACAUUUACUUUCCCUGUAGUUGGCAAUCCUACUACAGUAAACACAAUUGAUCCUCAAAAUAUCGAAUACUUUUUAAAAGGAAACUUCAAAAAUUAUUUAAAGGGUCCAAAAUUUAACAGUAGUCUGAAAGAGCUACUUGGAAAUGGUAUCUUUAAUGCUAACGGAGAAAACUGGAAAUACCAACGAAAGACUGCAAGCUUCAUUUUUAAUGUAAAGAAUUUUAGAGACGAAUUUACAGAUGUCUUUGUAAAGGAAAUCAAAAUAAUAUGUAACGACAUUUUUAACAAAGCAGUUGAAGACAAAUCAAUUAUUGACCUUCAAGAUAUCAUGUUUAGAUUCACGUUGGAUUCUUUUGUUUUUCUCGGAUUUGGUGUUCAAUUGAACUCACUUUUAAGUAAAGAAAAGGUCCCAUUUGCCGUCUCAUUUGAUCAUAUGCAAAGAUUAGGUGCUCGACGAUUUAUUAAUCCUUUACAGUUUUUAAUGGAACAUCUGAGCUCUUCUCUUACACCCUGGAAAAUGAGUACAAAAGAUCAUUUACAUAUACUUGACUCAUUUGCUGCUGAAAUGAUAGCCAAAAGACGUAAAGAGAUUGCUGAUGGUGUUGUGGGACAUAAAGAUUUACUCUCUCGUUUCAUGAAUACAACAAAUGAUAAGGGAGAAAAGUUAAAUGAUACUGAACUUCGAGAUACCGUAUUGAAUUUUAUCAUUGCUGGUAGAGAUACCACUGCACAAACCUUGUCUUGGUUAUUCUAUAAUUUAAUGUUACAUCCACGCAUUGAACAAAAGAUUUUGGAAGAAAUUCGUGAUCAUAUUACAGAUGAUAUUGAACAUGAUCCACCAAAGCUUUAUGAAGCUAUUGAUAAAAUGCCAUAUCUUCAUGCCGUAUUCUAUGAAACCCUUCGAUUACAUCCUGUUGUACCUGCUAAUCAAAAAUAUGCAUUAGAGGAUGAUGUUUGGCCAGAUGGUACGAUUAUCAAAGCUGGUUAUUAUGUUAGUUGGAGUCCUUAUGCACAAGGUAGAUGCACAAAAAUUUGGGGACAAGAUGCAAAAGAGUUUUAUCCUGAAAGAUGGAUUGAUGAAGAAGGGCAUUUACAUCGAGAAUCUCCAAGUAAAUGGCCUGCUUUCCAUGUUGGACCUCGAGUUUGUUUAGGACAAAAUUUAGCAACACUUGAAGCGUUGGUUUGCGUCGCAAUGUUAUUAAAACGUUAUACCUUCGAGUUGGUUCCUGGACAAAUUGUCACUUACGAAUUUUCAUUAACUUUACCAAUGAAAGAUGGAAUGAAAGUUUAUAUCAAGAAACGCCAUUAA